AUGGAUCUUGCCCGCCCCAAGAAGCUCACCCUCUCCUGUUCGCGAUGUCGCACGUCUAAAUUAAAAUGCGAUCGCAAAGAGCCUUGUUUGGAAUGCGUGAAGCGCGACUGCGCCUACCUAUGUACAAAAGAUGAGCGUCAACCGAGAGCUAAGCGGAUAAAAACCAAACAUACCGAACAAAACCGCAGCCAGGUGACAGCGAAGGAAGGAAAAGAGCCAGAGAUCGAAGAAACGGCACAGAUCUUAGAGCACUUUGUGGAUGUCAUUCCUCUCCCCACAGAAUCAGCAGGCGUGGCCCCUGACAUCCCCAAUCAAUACUGGGUGACCCAGGAUCCGCAGAGGAACGUCCAAAAGCUUGCCUUAAUCCGAGAUGUGGUUCACGCCCUGCCAGAAUGGGAUGUAAUUCAACUCCUCUAUGAAGUCUUUGUCACGCGCUGUCAGGGGUCUCUGGGAAAUGUGGUGCACACCCCAAGCUUCAUGAAGCAAGCCGAUCAAUUGCACCACUGCCUGAGUAUGGAUUCCCCUGACGUGGCCAUCGCUAGUACGCUAUCCAUGGACUCUCUGGCUGUUUUGCUUCUCGCGCUCGUGCUCGGACUCGCCUUUCAUCCAACCCUAUCACAUGUGGGCGUCCAGCUCACCCCGUUGAGUUUCCACGUGGAGCAACUGCGUGCUUCCGAUGAGCCUACAUCGACAUGGCGAUCCCUCGGCGUGCGUUGUCUCCAGGGAGGGGUUUCCCUCUUUUGUGGCUCUAUCAUCAGCUUACAAGCAGCCAUCAUGCUCCUGUUGGAUACAAAAGUGACCUCAUUGGAGCUUGAUGCCGUCUUGGUUACCGCCAUUUCGGGUGCGCGCAAACUUGGAUUGCAUCGCUUGGGCAAUGCCGCUUUGGAUGCCUCACCUUUCUUAGAUCAUGACUCGUCCACUGCUGAGCCACCUCACAUUCGCACCGAGGUUGCCAUUCGAAUUUGGUGGACUCUUGUCAUGAGAGACUGGUCGCGCGGACAAGCACUUGGCUACUAUACUAUCCGCCCUUCACAAUUUAAUACCCGGAUGCCGUUGCACCUUAAUGACGACGAUCUGCUUAGGGCACAUGGCAAGAUUCCCGAGCGUCCUCGGUCUGAGUUUACUAUGCUUUCAUAUACGGUAUACGCGUUGGAAAUGUCCAGCAUUGUGCGGGAGUUGAUUGAUCUCGGGCACACCGCAGACGAAGCUUCCCAGCGGCGCCAGCACAUCAAUCAAAAGUACAAAAAAUAUGUGGCAAGUUUACCGUCUUACUUUAGAUUGGGAAGCACCAUCGGACUCACCGCCAUGGGUCCCAUGUCUGCCAUCCCAGUUCAACGAUUUAUGUUACAUCAACAGCUGUGGAGCCUGCUUCUCCGCUUGCAUCGCGCUACCCUCUCAUCUCCCAUGGGGCGCGCAUCUUGCCAGCAGCUGGCUCAUAACAUUAUCACCACGCAAGCCCAGAUCCAAGCCCGCUGCACUAUUUGCGGCUCGCUAUCCUCCAACGAAACACAACUCUUCAACGCGGCCGUUGUGCUGGUCUUGGGGCUACUGUUUGAUUCCCCGUCAACCGAGGUUGAACACUCAAGUGCACAACUUAGCCGCUUAAUGACGCGAGACCAUAUUCGGGAGGCCAUUGAGCUAUUACGUACCAAAGUUUCACCUGAGGAAUCCUCCGGGGACGCUAUGCCCGGAGAAUUGCCCCAAAGCUCGGUAUCACGCAGUCUUAUGGCCCUCGAGGCAAUGAUGAAGUUAGAGGUGGAUUCGAGUGACAGCGCGAACCGCCAGGCGGGAUCAAAGCAGAAACGUCCCCUUUACCACAAAGUGGUGAAGAUCCUGAAGACUUUGAAUGAUCCAAUCACUCCUGCUGAUUCCGUGGUUCCAAGACCAUCGACUCCUGGGGACACAUCUUUCACUUACCCCAUGCCUGUUGCGGACGGCUUCCCCGAUCUAGAUGUCAUGCCCAUUCUAUCUAAUGGCUUGAGCCCUAAUAUGUGGGACUUCUUGGACUUCCAGCUACCGGAAGACGCAGGCAAAGACAAGCCUAUGGCCGGAGACUUUUACGGGGAUAUAGGUGUCGAACCCGCAUUUUAUCCAGGCGAAAGUAGUAACAUCUCAAGAGCACGCUUGGCCCAUGAAUCCCCGUCAGCUCUACAGAGUGAACCCACGUUAGACUCUGCGACGACCCCUUCGAGUGCUGACGCCUUGGCAGCGGGUAACCUUGAAGAAGUCAUGGGAAACGGGAGCGUUUCUUCCUAG